AUGACGGCGACGGAAGAGGGCGCGACGGAAGAGGGCGCGACGGCGACGGCGAAGGCGAAGACGCGGCGCGCGUUCGCGCUCGGGUUCGCGGACGCGAGGGACCUGGAGCGGUUCGCGCGCGACGUCCUCGGCGAUGAUGAUGUAGUCGCCGACGCGAACGCCGCGGCCGCGCCCACGGUAAAAGGUCCUACCAACGCGUUCGAUUCGAAGAUCAGCCCCGUGAGCGCGGCGGAAUACUUCCGGUACUACGCGCAGAUCCCGCAGCAGCAGAACAUGCUCGAGGACGCGGUGCGGACGGGGACGUACUUCACCGCCGUCGUCGAGCGCGCGCGAUCGCAUUUCGCCGGGAAGAUCGUCAUGGACGUCGGCGCGGGGAGCGGCGCGCUGUCCUUCUUCGCCGCCGCCGCGGGCGCGCGGCGCGUGUACGCGAUCGAGGCGUCCGACAUGGCGAAACACUGCGCGAAGAUCGUGGAGAAUAACGCGCACUUGAGGGAUGUCAUCGUCGUCAUCCAGAGCCGCGUUGAGGACGUCGCGGACGGCGAGAUCGCGGAGCCGGUCGAUUGCUUCGUCUCCGAGCCGAUGGGCACGGCGCUGUUCAACGAGCGCAUGAUCGAGUCGUACCUCAUCGCGCGCGAUAGGUUCGGGCGAAGAAACCCUAAAAACCACCCUAAAACCCUAAACGUGACGAUGUUCCCGAACGAGGGCAGGCUGCACGUCGCGCCGUUUCGAGACGACGCGUUGCACGCGGAGGUGGCGAACAAGGCGCGCUUUUGGACGCACGCGGACUUUUACGGCGUCGACGUCACGCCGUUGAUGGACGACGCGAUUCGGGCGUAUUACCGCCAGUGCGUCGUCGACGCGUUCGACCCGGGGAUCCUCCUCGCGGACGCGACGUCGUUCGCGUGGGACUUUACGACGAUCGCCCCGGAGUCGCUCGAGGUGAUUCGGCUUCCGACGCGAUUCGAGAUCAUCGGCGGCGCUCGCGACGACGACGACGACGACGCUGACGCUGACGACGCGAACGCCGCGUCCCCCCACGUCGUCGUGCACGGCAUCGCGUGCUGGUUCGACGUGCGGUUCGGCGGCGACCGCGGCGACCGCGCGAGGUACCUCAGCACCGCGCCGGGGCUGCCGACGACGCACUGGUUCCAGAUGCGUUUCGUGUUUGAAAAGCCGCUGGUCGCGCGCGCGGGCGACGUCGUCGUCGGCGAACUCGUCAUGAGGGGGGGGGAUAACCAGUCGUACGUCGUGACUGGCGAGAUGCGCGUGGAGACGACGGGGCGCGGGUCGGGUGCGAGUCAUCGUAACGCGCAGACGACGCGCGUUACCGGGGAAUGGGACCUCAAAGAUCCGUACUACCGACAGUGCGUGCACCCGCAGCCGGGGUACACGAGCAAGCAGAACGAGAAGUGGUACGGAAGUAGUAGCGCGGUGGACGCGAACUAG